CAGCAUUCUAGCAGACAUAAUUCAAAUGAUUUUUUAUUUCAUUGAAAUUAGCAAUGAAAAAUAAUUUUUAAUAAAUCUUAAAUUCUUUUUUAAAUUUUUGAGCUACUUUAUGUAACAUUAUGGUUGUUUGGAAUACAAUGGAAAGUUCAAUAAGGGGAAUGAUUCAUGAGCCACCGACGCCUUACUUAAAUCAACUAAUGAGUAACCAUCGUGCAGAGCAAACAUCAUUAGUGCUUAAGUCGGAAGAUUCAAAUAAUAACACAAAUUCUGUUGUUCCUUUUUUAAAUGGUAACUGCUCCUUUUAUGGGCAAGAGCAGUCUCAUUACAAUCAAGAGCAGUCUCAUUACAAUCAAGUUUACCCAUUUGAUUAUUCUAAUGGGUGUUCCAUAAACAUCAACACAAACCUUGUAAACACGCUUCAAACAUUAUCUUCAUGUGGAGCAAACAUUAAUGCACGAAAAACUGAACAAUCCUUAUCUUCAUGCGAAGCAAUUAGUUAUGAACCUAAUAUCUACUUGGAAAUGCAAAAUCAUUCCAGAAUAAUACAGACUAAUAUAGAUCAUUUGCCUGACACAACCAAUUUUCCUGGAGAAUUUGAAUUUCAACUAUCUCUUGGUCCACACACUGAUAGUGCAGCAAAAUCUGCAGAUUAUACUUUUUCAUCAAUUUUAAAAAAACUUUAUGUGCAAAGAGCAUCACAAUGUCCUUUCAUGUUUAAAACAGAAAAAAAACCUCCUUCAAACUCUUAUGUCAAAAUUUUACCAGUAUUUAAAGGAACUCAUGUUCUAAGUGAGCCAGUUAGAAGAUGCUCCAAUCAUGCUGAAGUUGAUGAUGAAGGAGGCCCUCGUUAUCAUUUUAUUCGUGCCAGUAAUCUUCAAUCAUGCUAUAAUCAUUCAGAUGAUGGUCGUUUAUUUGUUACAGUGCCAUAUAAUGGACCUCAAGUUGGUGCUGAAUAUCAAAUCGAACUGCUCUCAUUUAUGUGUUUCAACUCAUGUGGUCAUAGCAGCCAUUCUAAGCGACGAAUCGACGUUAUAUUUAUUUUAGAAUGCGAGGGUUAUGUGCUUGGCCGGCAGGUAAUCGAAGUACGUGUUUGUGCAUGCCCUGGUCGUGAUAGAACCAAUGAGGAAUUCAGUUCACCAAACUAUAUUUUAACAAAAAGUUGUAAAAGUAGAAGAAAUAGUGAGAAAAAAAGAAAAAGCUCUAGUAAUGAUAACAACCAAGACUAUACAAUCACUACAAGUAAUCCUGUGUUUUAUCAAAUAUUGAGACAAAUACUAGUCACCUUGGAAACACAACUCCCUCAAGCUGAACUGAUUUUGGAAAGCAGCACAUCACCCAUAUCUUCAGUAUCAAGUCCUGAUAAUGUUUCAUAAAAUCUCUAAAAAAUAGAAAAAUUUGACGAUGAUGUGAUGCUGUGAAUGCGUGUUUCUUGUUCUUCUCGUCUUAUUUUAAAAGCUAGAAUAGUUUGUUUGAUCAAUAUACUGUUGAAUAAGCCUGUAUUCAGGCGUUUAAAAGAAAGUCUACUAUGCAAGUUAGAUUUUUUUUUU